UCAUGGCCGGCUUUGAUGAUGCUGGUGUUUUCUUCAGUGACAAUAUUGGGUCAGAAGACCAACAUGAUGAGCUCAAUAUCAACCGACAACAAGUAAAGAAACGAUUCAAAGACUUUAUCAGACAGUUUCAUGAAGGAAACUUCUCUUACCUUUAUCGUGACCAACUCAAGAGGCACUACAACCUCGGACAUUACUGGUUGGAAGUAGACCUUCAAGAUCUGGCCAGCUUUGACGAAACACUUGCUGAGAAGGUUCUAAAGAAUCCAUCCGAACAUCUACCAUUGUUUGAAGAUGCAGCGAAGGAUGUUGCUGAUGAGAUUACGCAGCCACGUCCUGAGGGAGAGGAGGAGCUGCAAGAUAUUCAAGUCACAUUUACUUCCAAUACAAACCCAUGCAGUAUCCGCGACUUGAAGUCUGACCAAAUUGCCAAAUUGGUGAAGCUUCCAGGCAUCGUGAUAGCGGCCUCAACAGUCCGAGCAAAGGCGACUAGGAUCAGCAUACAAUGCCGAAGUUGCAGGAACUUUAUGAACAAUAUUCCUGUAAAACCAGGUCUUGAAGGUUAUGCCUUGCCAAGAAAAUGUCCUACUGACCAGGCUGGUCGCCCGAAAUGUCCUAUCGAUCCGUUCUACAUUGUCCCCGAUAAGUGCAAGUGCGUAGAUUUCCAGAUCCUGAAACUGCAGGAAAGUCCCGAGUCGGUCCCAAUGGGAGAAAUGCCAAGGCACAUGCAGCUCUACUGCGAUAGAUAUCUUUGCGAUAAAAUUGUUCCUGGAAAUCGAGCCACGAUCAUUGGUAUAUACUCGAUCAAGAAGAGCAGCAAACCAGCAAAGGGCGGGCCCAGAGAAAAAGUGAAUGUUGGAAUCCGUGCGCCAUAUCUCCGCGUGUUAGGAAUUCAGGUUGAAAGCGGUGGAGGUGGCAAGAUGGCGGGCAUACCUGCCGCACCAGAGGAAGAGGAAGAGUUCAGGCGUUUGGCCGCCUCACCAAACAUCUAUGAAACUGUUGCAAAAAGCGUGGCGCCAUCUAUCUUUGGAAGUUUGGAUAUCAAAAAGGCUAUUGCUUGUCUGCUGUUUGGUGGUUCUAGAAAAAGAUUACCUGAUGGCCUCACUAGGAGAGGUGAUGUCAACAUUCUGAUGCUUGGUGAUCCAGGUACUGCCAAAAGUCAGCUGCUCAAAUUUGUGGAAAGGUGUUCACCUAUAGGUGUGUAUACAUCCGGUAAGGGUAGCAGUGCUGCUGGUUUGACAGCAUCCGUUUCACGAGACCCAGCAACACGUAACUUCGUGAUGGAGGGUGGUGCUAUGGUGCUCGCCGACGGUGGUGUCGUCUGUAUUGAUGAGUUCGACAAGAUGAGAGAGGACGACAGAGUUGCUAUCCACGAGGCCAUGGAGCAGCAGACCAUUUCCAUCGCAAAGGCUGGAAUAACCACUACAUUGAAUUCCCGUUGCUCAGUGCUGGCUGCAGCUAACAGCGUGUUUGGACGAUGGGAUGACACAAAGGGAGCUGAUAAUAUCGACUUCAUGCCGACCAUUUUGUCCAGAUUUGACAUGAUUUUCAUUGUGAAGGAUGAGCAUGAUGAAGCCAGAGAUACGACGUUAGCCAAGCAUGUGAUGAAUGUACAUAUGAAUGCUGUACAGAUGAUCGAGGAGGAACGUGAAGGUGAACUUGAUCUGGAGACAUUGAAGAAGUACAUUGCUUACUGCAGGCUGAGAUGUGGUCCCAGGCUGUCGCCCGCUGCAGCAGAGAAGUUGAAGAAUCGCUACGUCUUGAUGAGGAAUGGUGCUGGAGAACUGGAGAGGGAGACUGGCAAGAGGACCACGAUCCCAAUCACUGUCAGACAACUGGAAGCUAUCAUCCGCAUGUCAGAAUCAUUAGCAAAGAUGAGGCUGAAACCGUUCGCCACCGAAGCUGAGGUUGAUGAGGCUUUAAGGUUGUUCCAGGUUUCUACACUUGAUGCAGCCAUGUCAGGCAAUCUUUCAGGAGCUGAAGGCUUUACCACUGAAGAGGACCAGGAGACCAUCGGCCGUAUCGAGAAACAAAUGAAACGUCGCUUCGUCAUCGGAUCUCAAGUGUCCGAGCACGCAAUCGUUCAGGACUUCUUGAAACAGAAAUAUCCGGAACGGUCAAUCCUGAAAGUGAUCCACUUCAUGUUACGUCGGGGAGAGCUUCAACAUAGGAUGCAGCGUAAAAUGUUACUGCGUGUGAAAUAAGCAUUUGUUGGUGGACAUCCCGUGAAGACUUUCCCAAGAGACAUUGUUUGUUUGAGAGGCAUGAGUGCCCAAGUUUGCCUCCUCACUUUCAAUGCUUUGUAAUUGGGUCUCAUGUUGGACUUGUUGUAAUCCUUGGUUUAUCAAAAGAGACUAUUGCCGUGCUUAUAGACUGACAUUUGAUACCAUUGUGCACUGUCCUUCUUUCUACAGAUUGAUAAACUAAUACUACGAGAUAAAGAUGAGCCACUGGAGUAACUUUAUGGCUUGUAAGUUCUGUUCCACUAUAAAUGUCACUACUUUUAAGGAUUCUAAACUGGCCUCAAAGGCAUUGGACCUGGUGUUUACGUGUACUUGUCAAUUUUCCACUUAUGGAGGAUGCAUGUAACUUGUCAAAGAGCAGAAGCCGGCCAUGGUUUCUACUUGGCAACUGUUUGUUCUUGUUCUAGCAUGUGAAACAGCACACAUGUUCUCCUUCCGUAUUAAUCACAUUUAUAUCUUGCAUUUACGUACAACGCAUAAUUUGCAACUUUAUAUCAAAAUGAAUAAACAAUAUUCUUG